UUCUAGGCUGGUAGUCGGAGUGCAGCAUCGCGAUGUUUUUUAUUAGCGUGCGUCGCAAUCGCACUAUCAGUAGCAGCGGGGUCCCUACUUCGACAGCUGAUAUUGAACGUGGUCCAGCGUGAUCAGUUCAGAGCAACCGUUCUCGGGCAGUGCAAGUGCGUUCCUGAUAGACAGAAUGUGGCGACUACUUGGAUGGACGGCGUUUCUAGCGUGGAUCAACAGUUGCUGCGGUGGCCAACUACGAUUCCCGUACGGAGACACCAACUUCAGCUUAAACGUCUACAAGGCCGCCUUUGAUCCGGAGCGAAAUGUGAUUGUAGCACCGUUUGUGUUGCGCAACAGUAUUGUGAUGUUGUACGCGAUUGCAACGGGUGAGACGCGGGAUCGGUUGCAGGAGGUUUUUGCUUUGCCGGCAAAUUUCACCGAGUUUUUGACCAAUCAGAAAGAACUGCACUACAUGCUCGGCGGGGAAGGCGAUGGAUUUCGUAUGAGGAAUCGUAUUAUUUUGAACGGUUUCCGAGAGGUCGAUGUGCACCUGCGGGAUGUGAUGAAGGAAGAUCUGGACACGACCAUAGUUUACUUUGAUUUUGGACAACGGGAGGGAGUUGUAAGGCGGGUGAAUCAUUUCACAAAUUUCAACACUAACCGGGUGGUUAGUGGUUUGGUUGAUUUGGAUUAUAUUCCGAAGAAUUUGCAGUUUGUGCAAAUUUGUGCGGCUUCGUUCAAACCACCGUUUGCGAAUGCUUUCAAUCCGAAUGACACGAGUCCUAGGGAGUUUUGGAGUGGAAUGAUCGAAAAGCUGUAUUCGACGAUAACGAUGUUCAAUCGAGGAGACUUUCGUUUUUCUCGAAUUCCGGAACUGGAAAUUGAGGUGCUGGAACUACCAUUUGUUAAAUCAAGCGAUGCUGUUAUGUGGAUUAUGCUUCCGGAUAGAGAUGCUUCACUAGAGACAAUAAUGAAGGCACUGGAACCCGGUCAUUUCGAUGCAAUUCAGGCACACUUUUCGAUGAAGCGAGCUGAAAUUACGGUCCCACUAUUUACCAUAGAAUCAGAAUUCAAUGCAACGGAUUUCCUGAGGCAAACCAUGGGACUUGAUGUGUUGUUCAAGUUGCGUGACUUACGAGUAUUCGAAGAUCUCGAUUCUUCACUGGACAGUGUAAUGCACCGAGCAGGAAUUCAUUUCUACGAAAAAACGGCAGAAGCCGGAGGAGCUACAGUGGUACGAAGUUUCCGCAAACGAAGUGCCGUGUAUCAGUAUGUGGUCGCCAGAUCGUACCUGUUCGUGAUAGUAAAGAAGACCAAUAAACAGAUCCUGUUCAUGGGGCAUCUACACAGGCCAGACAAUUUAGUCGAUGUUUAAAAUAGAGAACGAGAUAAUUUAUUUUUAAA